AAUCAAUCGCCGACGGCGGUGCAUAUAUUCCCCUUCCCGUUCCAGUUUGUGUGUGCAAACCAGUCAUUUCUUCUCAUUGGAAGUGGGGGAAAGUAAAAUAAGAAGACAAGAUACUAUCACAAGGAAUUCAAAUUCAGAAGCCUUCCUGCAGUCUUUCGUCCUUCCGGCCGUUUUUGCGUUUGAAAUUGCCAUUUGUGGCACCACCCUGUCUGGCGCGCGGCCAUGUGCCGUGCCGCCAGCCAGCUUCCCUGCCAUAUUCAUAUUCGAUCAUUCUGAGUUUCUUUCCUGGAAAGAAGAAAGGAUGAAUGGCAAGGGAGAAAAUAGCACCAGUUCCGGACUUUUUCAAAACUGCACCAAGUUUGGACUUCUUCCUUGUGCAAGCUAGAAGGUCCCCAGUCCAUUUUUGGGGCUCGUUUGUUGUUUUUUUUCAAAAAUUUGAAAGUUCCCAGCCCAUUUGGUCAAGUUGUUCGUCUCAAUGAUAGAAGGGGAAAUUUCCUUCCGGCCGACGACGUCACGGCGGCUGGGCUACUGUGCCCUGAUAUGGAUAGAAAUUGAAUGGGCGAAGGAACGGAUGGGAUGCCCUGCCACGGUAUUCCCCUCCAUUGUGCCCCGGCCCAGCCUUUUUUGGUUUUUUCUACUUUCGCCCCUCCUCCAGCCUGGAUUCCCCCUCUGGAAGGAAACACAGGGCAUCCAAGGGUAAAAAAAUAUGCAAAUUCAAAUUCGGUGUGAAAACGAACGAAAAUAGUAAAAAAAAAAAACGCGCGGGGCAGUGAAAACGCAGGGCCGGGAGAUUCCUUGCGCUUCGCCCGGCGAGAUUCCCUUUGUUUGAUCCGUACGGUAAACGCGAUCGGAUCGGGCAAAUGGAAGCGAAUUCCUCGGUGUUUCCACCGGGGGGCGGGGCGUUAAUUAUAAUUAGCCGCUUUACCGAGGGGGCAGGGCGGCUUCCGUUUGACGCGUCCUCUGCUCCCACAUGGCACGCCAGUGACGCGUCCGGGCCAAUGGCCUGCCGCCACGUCAGCCAAUGACAAAUUCCUUGUGCUGGCCGCGUUUGACUUUUACCUUGGUGGUGAAUCAACCCAGACCAAACAUGAAACAACCACCCCACCCCUUGAUUUUUUCUUGUAACAUCUUUUUUCUCAUUGUACGCCACCUGUAUGGGCGCCUUUGCUUCGGAAUAAAGAAAAAGAAAAAUGGGAAACCCGCACGUCACAUGCGCGUCUCACAUGGGGCGCGGGGCGGGCCCGGGCCAUCAUGCACCGCAUACAUGCGGGCCCCGCGCCGGCCCGCCCGCGGGCGCGCUGCCGUCACUUUGAAAAAGGAGCCUGGUUCCGUUCGCAGAAGAUAUAUAUCCUUCGGCCGGACCCGUUUGUUUACAAAUAUGUUUGUUUGUUUUACAGCUCAGAGGAGAUCGCGUUCUGGUAGCAUUAGAGAUUAGAGAUAGAUAGAUAGAUAGGCCCGAUUAGCGUCGCGUCCGCUUGCGAGACGAGACGAGAAUCGGUAUCGUGAUAUUAGAGUAACGCAGGCGAAGACGGGAAGAAAGUCAGAGGUUGAGGAGAUUGGGAUUGAGAUUGAGAUUGAGGCGAUGGCGAGCGGGCGGUUCAUGGAGGAGAUGAUGAGGGAGCACGAGCAGAGCCUGCUGGAGGCGACGUGCGGGGGGCUGUUCGACCACAUCGAGGACCUGCUCGACUUCCCCAAGGAGGACUCGGCGGAGGACGUGCUGCUCCUCGACGCGCCGGUGCCUGACAGCCCCCUCGCCGCGCGCGUCCUCGGCGGCGGCGUCCCCCCGCCGGCGCCGGCCUCGCUGGAGGGGCAGCAGCAGGCGUCGCUCAUGGUGCCCCCGCCGCCGCCCGCCGGGGACCACUCCGCGGCCUUCCUCGGCGCCCUCGGAGACACCCACAUUGGCACGUGCGACGAGCUGGACAUGGACAUGGCGCAGCUCGAGUGGCUGUCGGGGCUCUUCGACGACACCUCCAUCCCGCACGAGCCGGCCUUCGCCUGCGCCGCGCCCAUCAUCAGGGCCUCCGCGCUGAGUGCCAACGCCGGCGUCGUGCUGCCCGACAAGAUGGAGGACGCGCUCUUCCGCAGCUCCAGCCCCACUUCCGUGCUCGAGGACGGCGCGAACAACGCCAACGUUAACAUGAACAACAACAACAGCGGAGGAUCCUCAGCGUCGUCGACGUCUUCAUCGGCGUCGUCCUCCUCGGAGUCCUUCUCCGGGAGCGGCCGCCCGUGGUCUGUGCCGCUGUCGCCGCGCCCGGAGCCGCCCGUGCUCGUCAUCCCGGCGCGCGCGCGCAGCAAGCGCUCCCGCGCCUCUGCGUUCCCCGCUGCCAUCCGCGCCGCUGUGCCCGCGCCCGAGGCCACCAUCCUGGUGCCGACGCCCAUGUUCUCCUCCACCUCCUCCUACUCGGAGGAGCCUGAGUGCAUUGCUGAGUCCAACUCGCAGCCCAAGAAGAAGAAGAAGGCCAAGAGGCCGACCCCUCCGGUCACCUCUGAUGCUGAGGGCGACGCCGACUACGAGGAAGGCAGCGGCACUGCGCUCGCGCCUGGCGAGGUGAGGAGGUGCACGCAUUGCCAGAUCGACAAGACGCCGCAGUGGCGUGCGGGGCCGCUGGGGCCCAAGACUCUCUGCAAUGCCUGCGGCGUGCGCUACAAGUCCGGUCGCCUCUUCCCGGAAUACCGCCCGGCGGCCAGCCCCACCUUCGUGCCAGCCAUCCAUUCCAACUCCCACAAGAAGGUGGUGGAGAUGCGCCAGAAGGUUGAACCCAAGGGCGAUGACCUCCUGCAGUUCAUCCGCCGCCGGGAUUGAGCUCCCCGCACCGGCAUCGGUCGCCGGACGGUCGGUCUCGUCCCCCUUAGCUAUUAUAUAUGUAUACAUGCUAGUAUGUAUGCAUUGCAUGCUUGCUUCCAACUAGUCAGUCAGUCAUCAUCGUCGUCAUGGCAGUGCUUAGCAUUGCCUUCAUGCAUCCACCCACCAUCAUCGCCAUGCAUCGGUUUCAGUCAGCAUCCAUCCAUCCAUCAAAUCGCCGGGUAUCCUGGCGUUAGUUCAAUAGGGCUUUUCUUUUGGGUUUACUCCACCUCUUUUUCUUUGUCUAUUACUUAAUUGGUUCCCCCUAAGAAGAUUUUUUGUUUGUAUAGAGGAGGGUGAGUGAGGAGGGCAGGAGAAAUAGAUGGAUCAAUCACAGAGUCAGUGGUUGUUGCAUUGCAGUUGCUUGCAAAUUAGGUACUAGGUGAGAAGGAGAGCUAAACCAGCAGCAGCAGCAGCAGAGGCAGAGGCAGCUAGGCAGUCAAUUAGGAAAGUUGGUGUGCUCUAAGCAAGAGUGAAGUCAAGGAGAUUUGUAAGUUGGUUUGCUAAGUUAGAGAAAACUUUGUGUCAAGUAGUAGCCAUCAGGAGGUUGAAGUAGGGGGAUCACCAAUCAUAGUCAGCAGUUUAUAUUGGAGCUUGGUGUACUCAACUCUGAAUAUUCUUUUUGCAGUUCAUCUAUGUUUAGGGAUUUAUAAGUGGUGUCUUUCUUGUGUUUUAUACUACUAGUGUUACCUUUUUUUUUACUAGUAGCCAUUAAUUAAGAUUCCUUUUUCUAGUCAUCAUGCCUUGUUGCCUCUAUGCAAGUUGUGAUCAUCCAAGCAGAGGAAUUAUAAUCCUUGAGCA